AACGGUUGGGAUUUAAUUGUUUUAGAUCUAAAGGCUUUAACAGCAUUGUACCCCAAUUAUAAACCCUACGCUACCCACCUUUCUAUCUCCAAAUCCAAAUUUGCUUUUUUCCUUCUGUAAAUCAAUUCAUUGAUUAGCAAUCAUUCAACAUUUCUCUCUCAAACCCCAUUCUUUUACGUUCUUAAAUUCAUUGUUCCUGCUUCUGUAUAAACCCAAAGAAAAAGUUCAAAGCUUUUACCGGACAAGAAUAAAAAAGCUAAAAAAAUGGGUUCUCUUCAGCUUUUUCACAGCUUUUCGCAUUCAGUUUCUCCGGCGACCAAUCUCCACCGCCCGUUAAACAAAGGGAGAGUGAAUGCAUCUCUAAACAUGGAUGUGGAAGCACCGAAUCUAUUGAAAUUGAAGUCGAAUGGAAGCAAUGAAGUGAUAGAGGAAGAAGCGAAGUUUAUUGUUGGAUCGUAUGCAAGAUCUCCGGUGGUGCUUUCCAGUGGGAAGGGCUGUAAAUUGUAUGAUCCGGAAGGGCGAGAGUUUCUUGAUUGUGCAGCUGGGAUUGCUGUGAAUGCGCUUGGUCAUGGGGAUCCCGAUUGGGUCAGGGCUGUUACAGAACAAGCCAAUAUUCUUACUCAUGUUAGUAAUGCCUACUAUACCAUUCCUCAGGUGGAGCUUGCAAAACGUCUUGUGGGUAAUUCCUUCGCUGAUAGAGUAUUUUUCACCAACUCUGGAACGGAAGCAAAUGAAGCUGCUAUUAAGUUUUCCAGGAAGUUCCAAAGAUUUAUACAUCCUGAUAAUAAGCAGCCUGCAACAGAAUUUAUCACCUUUACGAAUAGCUUCCAUGGUAGGACGAUGGGAGCCCUUGCUUUGACGAGUAAAGAGCACUACCGUUCACCAUUUGAGCCUGUUAUGCCCGGAGUUACUUUCUUGGAGUAUGGCAACAUACAUGCUGCAAUAGAUCUUAUUAGGAAUGGGAUGAUUGCUGCUGUAUUUGUAGAACCAGUUCAGGGUGAAGGCGGAAUAUACAGUGCAACAAAAGAGUUUUUGCAAGCUCUGCGUUCGGCUUGCGAUGAUGCUGGAUCCCUCUUAGUUUUUGAUGAGGUUCAAUGCGGAUUGGCUCGAACUGGUUAUCUCUGGGCACACGAAGCGUACGGCGUAUUCCCGGAUAUGAUGACACUUGCGAAGCCACUUGCAGGAGGACUUCCAAUAGGUGCGACUUUGGUAACUGAAAGAGUUGCUUCUGCCAUAGCCCAUGGGGACCAUGGAAGUACUUUUGCAGGUUCACCUCUUGUUUGCAGUGCUGCAAUUUCUGUUUUCAAUAAAAUUGCAAACCCCAGUUUCUUGUCCAGCGUCUCGAAGAAAGGUGAUUACAUGAAAGAGUUGUUGAACCAGAAGCUCGGAGGGAAUCCCCACGUGAAAGAAAUACGAGGAUGGGGUCUUAUGAUUGGGAUAGAGUUGGAUGUGUCUGCUUCGCCCCUUGUAGAUGCGUGCCGAAAUUCUGGACUUAUUGUAUUGACUGCAGGGAAAGGAAAUGUGGUGAGACUGGUGCCACCAUUGAUCAUCUCAGAGGAAGAAUUGAAACAUGCAGCUGAGAUUCUUCAUGAAUGUUUACCAGCACUUGAUAACAGUAACUGAGUUUAAGACAGUUGGGUAACAUUUGGUGUUUCAAAUGAAACAUUUAGUAUGUUUAAACCAGGUGUUGUAAAAUUUGCAGCUUUAUGUUAACUGAUAAAACAAUCAAAAUAAGUACGUCAUUUUGUACUUUAAUUGCAAAGCUCACUCUCAGUAAAAUCGAGCCCGGUUUGGUAGCGGCCCAUGAAAA